AUGUCGGAAAACAGGAAAAGUACGGCUUGUGCAAACGGCUGCCAUUCCGCAACUGAUGCCCAUGUCUUCAUGAAUAUCAAUGAUGCAAAGCUCUCCGGUAGCGACUAUGAACUUCCAGCGAUGCCGACGAUGCAAGAGUGUGACGGGAUAUGUGGUGAAAUUUACUCGAUUGAUCAAUUAACUAAAUUUCCUUGUCUACAUGUCCUAUGUGGAAUGUGUCUUAAUGAAUGCUCACUUGUAGAACGUGAUGGUAAAUUUUUGUGUCCAAUGCGGGAAUGUAAAUAUCUGAGUUCCAUCGCAAUACGUAUGCAUCAAUCUGCUGCGAUAUUUUCUGAUAGGAAUAGCGAUGACAAAAGAAACAAUCCCGCUGAAACAUCUUCUGAUUCUAAUUCUUCUUCUGUGGCACCAGUGGCUAAAUUACAUGCCUCGAAACUUUCGGAAUCAGAAUCAGAUGAAGAGGGAGUGAACAAUGAUUGA